UAUGAACUUACUAAAAAUGUUGUGUCGAAUCUGCCGCGCUACGUCACAGUCAGUGGAGCAAGAUGGCGGUCCCUACAAAGCAGUACGGGCUGAUCUUGUCACAGAAGAAAGGAGCGUUAAAGACAGCAGCCCUGCAGAAACCCUCAGUGUUCGGGGAUGACUCCGACGAUGAGACGUCAGUUGGGGAGAGUCUGCAGAGAGAGGCAAUCAAAAAGAAGAUGAUGAAGCAGACACGUUUGGAGAUGCAGAAGGCCCUGGAAGAGGACAGCACUGUAUAUGACUAUGAUGCUGUGUAUGAUGACAUUCAAAAACAGAGAAUUGAGAGCAACAAAAAAGUUCUGGGAGGCGCUGACAAAAGGCCGAAGUAUAUCCACCAGUUAAUGAAAGCAGUGGAGGACCGAAAGAAAGAGCAAGAACGAAGGGAAGAGAGGAAGAUCCAGAAGGAAAGAGAGGCGGAGGGAGAGAAAUUCGCGGACAAAGAGGCUUACGUUACCUCCGCCUACAAGCAAAAACUGCAGGAGCAGAAGGAAGAGCAGGAGAGAGAGAGGAGAGAGGCAGAGAUGGAAGCUGCUUUGGAUGUGAAGAAACAAAAAGACCUGAGCGGCUUCUACCGACACCUGCUGAAUCAGACUGUAGGAGAGGAGGCGAUACCAGAUCGCUCAGCAAACAAAACUCCAACCUCAAAGGCUGCAAAAGACACAGAGAGGACUUCACCUGUUCCCUCACCUACGUCCCAUGACAUUAUCCCAAGUUCAUGCAGUGACAGCGAGGAGGGGCACGAGCAGAAGUCUGGGUUCAGCAAGCCUGGGGCAGGCUCCUCACACUCAAAACGCCAGUACAGACAGAGGUCGCCUUCAUCAGGGAGCGGAGAAGAGAAGGAGAAGGAAAGAGCGAGGGAGAGAGACAGACAUAGGAAGAGUCACAGAGAUCUAGACAGAGACAGAGGGAAGGACAGAGAUAGGGACAGAAACAGGACAAGGGAAAAGGAAAGGGAAAGGGAUGACAGACAUGGAGGAAGAAGAGACGACAGGGAUAGAAGGAAAGAUAGAGACAGAGACCGAGGCAGGGAAGAUGACAGAGGUAGAGGCAGGGGGGAUACAGAGAGGGAAAACAGACAUGGGAAGCGGGAGAGGAGCCCUAAAGAAAGAGAGAGGGAGAAGAACGGGGAAAGAGAGAAGAGGAGGAAUCCAGGUGAAGACGAAGACCCGGAGAAGAAAGAAGAAGCCGGAGCGCCGGGAAAGCAAAAAGAAGACGGCGAAGAGAAAGAGGAAACGGAGGAGAAGGGGAACAAGUUUGCAAAGCGCAGCACGGAUCAGACUGUGAGCUCGGCGAGAGAGAGGUACAUGGCCAGACAGAUGGCACGCUCGGCCUGUAAGAGCUACAUCGAGAAGGAGGAGGACUGAGAGCGGUCCAACACGCCACGCAAACAUCUCUGUACUGCACACAACCUCCAUCUCAGAUUAAGAGGAUAAAGCUAAUGUUAUUUCAUAAUUUUCUUUUUUUUUUUCUUCAACAAUCCCAUUUAAAAAAGAAAGAAAAAAAGAUUUAUUUCUUCCUUUUUUUCUUCUCUGUUAAAACUCCCCUUCUUGAUUUUCUUUUCAAGGCUCAAUAAAUUUCCUACAACAGCUGGACACUGUAGUUUUUUAGCAAACAGAAGUAAAUAUUGCAUGUGCUGGAGACUAUACUUUCAUCCGUGGAUUAAUACACAUUAGUAUUUACAGCAAGUAGAACAGUGUAUGUGAAAUUGACUCCAGAUCAGCUACUGUGGCCAUGUUCAUUGUAAUAAAAGAAGGUGUCACCCGGUGCAACAGUGUAGCUCAUCGAUGUGUUUUUUUUAUUUUUUAAAGCCAUGGGCAACAACAGAGGUGUGGCACAGAAGAAUAAGCAAUAUUAGGCUUUUACUACACGGACAGUUCUCGUUAGUGGAAUUAAUUCAUUAUUGGUUUUAGGCUUUUCAUGGGAUUUGAUGACGAUUAGAAAAACACUGAAUCUUGCCAACCUUAUCCUUUGGCCUUUGGUGA